AUGAAGCAUCUCAACUUGUCCUUUGCAGCCUGUGGGUUUCUGGGGAUAUACCACUUGGGGGCAGCAUCUGCUCUUUACACACAUGGUAAGAAGUUAUUGAAGGUUGUGAAGGCCUUUGCAGGAGCGUCUUCAGGAUCUUUGAUUGCCACUGCUUUGAUGGUGCCAGAAAAUAUAGAGGAGUGUAACCAAAUUACCUAUGAAUUUGCAGAAGAUACUAGAAAACUAUAAUUUGGAGCAUUAACACCAGGCUAUGAUCUCAUGACAAAACUUAAGGGCUGCAUUGAUUUAAUUCUCCCUACUAAUGCUCAUGAGAAAGCAGGAAAUCGCCUCUUUGUAUCAGUCACUAGUGCUAAAAAUGGAAAAAAUCAUUUGCUUUCAAACUUUGCCUCCAGGGAGGAUCUUCUCAUCCUGUUGUUGUUAAAUGCCUUCAAACCAAAAAAUUAUGCAGGAAUCAAUGCAGUAAAUUAUAAAGGACAGAAAUGGAUUGAUGGUGGCUUAACCAAUGCUCCUUUCCUGCCUGUGGGCUGAACUGUGACUGUUUCUCCUUUUUAUGGUCGGCUAGACAUCUGCCCACAAGACAAAGGAUGCAUGUAUGUCUAUGCUAAAGUUGCAAAGCAAGACUUAAUGGUAACUUAUGCAAGUGAAGUGACACUUCAUAAGGCUCUGUUUCCAUCAAGCCGAGAGAAAAUGGAAUAACUAUACCAAGAUGGAUGUAAUGAUGCCAUACAUUUUUUACUGAAGGAAAAUUGGUUUGAAUAG